AUUAAAAUCAAACUGAAGAGAUUUCCUGUAUUUACUGUAGGAGGAGCCAUGGGUACAUAUAAAAGAGGUACAGUCAGAACAUCACAGGACCACCCAACCAGCAGCAAAACAAUCUACACCAGAGGAGACCCAGACAGCAAGAUGGUUCCAGUGUUGAUGUUACUCAUGGCAGCUCUUGUAGCUGCAGAUGAGCCAAUGAUGGAUCUCUCAGGCCCAUUAGAGUCUGACAGUGCCUCUGUUUCUAUCAUAUUCUGUGAUGCUUCUACUACAUGUCCUAGCGGAACAACGUGCUGUCGUUCUCCUUUUGGUAUUUGGUACUGCUGCCCAUUCUCAAUGGGUCAGUGCUGCAGAGAUGGACGCCAUUGCUGUCGUCAUGGUUAUCACUGCGAUGCGUCAUCGACCCUUUGUUUGAGGGGGUGGUUGAAACUGCCAUCUUCUGCUGAGCCGGCCACCAAGGCUAUCCAGAAACCUCAGUCUGUGCCCAUUGACCAGGCUCUUAAAUGGAAGAGCGAGACUGAGUCAGUUCAUUGUGAUGGAAAUCUCUACUGCUCAACUGAGCAGUUCUGUUGCAAGACAGCAGCCGGCCAGUGGGGUUGCUGCAAUGAGAUGGUGUUGUAAGUAAACAACCCCCGUGACUUGGGUGCAGGUCUUAUUAAAGACUUACCAAGUGCAAGAGGCUUUUGUCACACUUUCACGCAGCAUUUUCCCUUUGUUAAUUUGUUGUUAUGGACACUCAUUAGUGUCGACUGUAUACUAUCAAUCAUUUAUUAUCACCCCAUUUGGUCAUGUAUUUAAAUUGAACUGUUUAACUUCUUGGUUGUCAGGUCUUGUCUCUACUUGCUACUAUUCUGUGUUGCAUUUACUCUGUUUGGAUUAUUAAAAACUGCCUGAAUUAUCAUGUGCAUUUAUUCUAACCAAGUGUGACAGCUUUCAGAAGACAAUUACUGUUGAUAUAGAUUCAAGCUGAAUUAAUGCAAAAUAAAACUUUAAAGAACUGCA